AUGUCGUCGCCCCGAAUCACAGACUACCAGGCGCCUGCGUCGACCGAAGAACUUCCAGUAUCAGAUCUCGCCUCCAAGAAUCUCACUCCUCCCCGUUCGACGAAGAAGAGGAAAGAGCGUCGAGAUCCCUCCGUGACACCCCGAAAGUUCAAGAGAUUCUUCACGCCUCAAUCAUAUAGGAGUGCGGUGAACCCCGUUUCCAGAAAAUUCCUGAACGACAUCACAGCACAGCCUGCCAUGAACCGAAAUACUCAGUCGAGUCCUUUGCGUCCUUUUCGAAGACUGGUCACCGGUCAAGAUAGCAGUCCCCUAGGCUUUGCCAGCAGAGAAUCGAAGAGAAGAAAGGUCCACGAUAUGGUGAAUCAAGGAAAGGAGGUCGGAUAUGUUGGACCGCACGACGGAGUCAUGUCUUCGCCUUGUGAGCGCGCAGUCAAGUAUUCCGGAGAAAUGGAUACUGAAUGCGAGUCUGAGGAUGAGGACGACGGGAUUCUACCACCACAUGGGACUGUCAAGCGGACUGUGCGACUGGAAGAACGUGGACUUGGAGGACAGCUGCUGCGCCGGAGUAUUGGAACCAACACACGCCAACGCUUUGCUCCUGUAAAUGACUGGCGUGACAAUACGGCGGGUUUCUACAGCAAACCCGAAGAUGUUCACACCAGUAUGAGUCUCUUACCGCCGAGGCAGCACCAGCCGCAAGGCGCACGCACUAUUCCUUUCUGUGUUCAGGGCCUCAAUAGAGAAGAUAGCACUCUUGUUGCACUAGCAGAUGAAGAAGGCAAUUUUCGAAUUCUGGAGUCGGCUAAAGGCGGACACCCUCCAUUUAGCAAGAGCCUCUUUCAUGACCUUGUUCACAAAAACGCCAUUAUUGAUAUGGUAUUCAGCGAAGAUGAUAGUCGACUAGCAACAUGCUCUGGAGAUCAAACCGCACGAGUCUAUGACAUGCACACCAAAGCCACCCUCAACAUUCUCGGAACUCACGCGGCCUCGCUAAAACAGGUUCGUUGGCAACCUGGCUCAGGCAACAAUAACAUUCUGGCAACGUCAAGCAGAGAUGGCACUAUUCAACUCUGGGACUUGAGAUGCAACACAUCUAAAGGCGCUACUUACCCCUUCUUUUACCCUACAAUGUAUGAUCCUGCAGAUAUAAACCCAACGGUCGUGUUCAAUCGACAUAUUACCUGUAUCGGCGGUGCACACAAGACCCCGACGAGACUUAUGCCUGCGAUCGGAACAUUCGACCAAGUAGUCCGCCCUGAUGAGAUGGUCCCAAGAACGGGAGAUGUUUCAGUCACAGCUAUCCAAUUCUUGCCAGCAGGCCGAGAGCAUCUUCUGAUAUCGGGUUCCGAAUCAGACGCCUCCGUGAAACUCUGGGAUAUGCGCCAAAAUAACUUCAAACUCCGACCAGGAGGCGCUCUUGCCUCGACCACUCCCCCGCAAUCUCACAGCAAGUUUCGCAACUUUGGCAUCAACUCCCUGAACAUGAGUGGCGACGGCAGCAAAUUCUACACAUUAUGUAAAGAUAACACCGUGUACGCUUACUCGACCGAACAUCUCAUGCUAGGACAAGCCCCCGAACUCUCCUACACCGCCAAAACUCGCCCACCGUUCCCCCACACCAACCGUCAAGGUCUGGGCCCCUUAUACGGCUUCCGUCACCCCAAACUCCACGCCACAAGCUUCUACGUCAAAUCCGCAAUCCGCAAAGCUCGAAAUGGAAAGUGCGAGAUGUUGGCUGUAGGCAGCAGCGAUGGCUCACCUGUCCUCUUUCCCACCGACGAACGCUAUCUUCCCACCAGAGAACAGCUCAUGAGCCCCGCUACGGGAACCCAAAGUUCACCUGCCCUCCUCGAAACCCGCCCAGCUCUACGCAGACUUGGCAGCUCCAGCUCACACGUGGACGACACUCUCAUCAUUUCCACGAAUGGUACCUCUCUCGAACGGGGCCACGAGCGCGAAGUCAGUUCUCUGACCUGGACUGCGUCGGGAGACCUGGUCACAGUGGGCGAUGAUUACCUCGUUCGGUGCUGGAGAGAAGAUCGCGACGAAGCGAAGAGCUUACGUGUCGGUGGCGAGCAAGAGGGCCGCAGAUGGGGCUGUGGAUGGGCGGAUGUUGAGGCGGAUUACGAUGUUGAUGAUGACCAGGUUUUGUGA